GUGUGUACCUUGACAACAAGCACGUCUUCCAAAUACAUCUCCAAUCACAAGAAUUGGUUCAACAAAUCAGUAAUGUUGUUUUAUAUCCUCUUGGCUUUCCUUAGUUUGUCCCUUCAUGAAGUAACAGCAGAAGAGAGGUGCACCAACCGACCCGCCAUCCUGACAAUCCGCCACGAAAACUGCAUACCCAGAAUCGCCUUAGUUCCCGUCUGUUCGGGAACCUGUAGAAGCUACACCAUGACCGAUAUUGAAGCGCCGUCAAUCCUUCAGCGAUCCUGCACCUGUUGCAAGCCAAUAGAUUAUACUAACAGCAGUGUUACGAUCAGGUGCCCCAGACCUCAUGGUGAAAUUGGCUACAUGAACACUACCCUUAUGGUCAAGCUUCCCAAAACGUGUAUGUGUCGGCCGUGUUCUCCUCUGCCAGAGAUUAUACCUUCUGAGUUUUUGUGA